AUGACUUCGUCUUCUAAUAAUAAUCCCGGAGAACUUCGCGAACAAGGUAAUCAAGUAUUUAAACAAGGCAAAUUUCAAGAAGCAAUUGAUCGAUAUUCGGACGCAAUAAAUCUUCUUGCUGAUCUUCCAUUAUCUGAAACAACAAAAACUGAUUUCACAAAAUGUUACAGCAAUCGUGCACAAUGUUUUAUUCAUUUAAAUCAAUAUGAAGAAGCUAUUGAAGAUGCCACACGAGCUCUUGAAUAUACGCCUGCUGAUGAAAAAUCUUUAUAUCGUCGUUCGAGUGCAUUUGAACGAUUAGGAAGAUUAAAUGAAGCUAUAUCAGAUGCACAACGUUUAAUAUCAAUCUCACCGAAAGGUAAUGCAGCUGAUGAACAAACAAAUAGUCUGCUAAGAAAAUUACGUGAUAGUACCGAAAACAAACAUACUCAAAGAACACAAAUAAAAUCUCAAAUACAAGAAAUGUUCGAAGCUAUCAAUACAAACUUAAAUCAAGAAACAGCAUUGAACAAUCUUCUUGUUAUCUCACGUGAAGAUUCUGGUGCAGAAGGAAUUCUUGCUUAUGAUUCUGAUCUACAACAAAUAAAAGAAUGUAUUCAAGCAAACGAACGAAUUACUAUUCUUGGCACUGUAAGAGUAUUGGCUUCAAUUGUCAAAAAUUCAUAUAAACGAGCUGAAUUGGUCUACAAUAAACUUGGUGUUCCAUUGAUGGGUCGUUGUUUAGCAAUGAAUGAUACAGAGAUUCCUGCAUGUACAACUAUUUUAGUUCAUAACAUAAUUAUGUCUAUAUGUGAUCUUGAAAACCGUCGAAAAAUUCGUAAACCUAUUAAUGUACCUUUUAACUUCGAUCAACCUGUAAUUGAAUUUAUUAAUAAUAUAUUUCGUAUGCUCGUUGAAUUCAUUGAUGAUAAAACGUGCCCAGCUAUUGGUCGUGAUUGUUGUCUUGAUCUUGUUGCGAAAUUUGUUGACCGAGCAAAUGGUUGUAAUUGGACUAGUAAAUUUAUUGUCUCAGGUGUACCCAAAGUACUCCGAGUAGCAGCAACGGUGCCUAACUUACCUGAUAAUGAUAAAAAAGCAUAUCCAAUAACAGAACAAACAAAAAUGUACAUCUCAUGCGCACUUAGCGUUGUCUACAAUGAUUUAUGUUCAGAUAAAGAACGCGAAGAAUUCAAUAAUGAAUGUAUCGAAUUUGUUAAAGCAUUACGUGAAAAGGAUGAUAUCGCAUCACGAGUACGAACAAUAUCUGUCUUGUCUGUUCUUUUACAAGGUCCUUUUGAGACCGGUAAUGCAAUCUUAGGUAAUCAAAAUUUAGUAGAUUUAAUGAUACAAAUGGCUGGUUCCAAUGAUUCAUUGCAAGAACGUAUUGCCGUUGAAGCUAUUGUUUUAUCAGCAUCGAAAAAAGAUAAAGCAGCUGGUAUUUUAGCGCAAGGUGCAGAUAUUCUUAAAAAUCUCUAUCGAUCAGCCAAUGAAGAUAUUAGAGUACUUGCUCUUGUGGGUUUAUCAAAAAUUGCAUCAAGUAAAGGUACUGAUGCAAGUACAAAUGUUGUCGCAGAAGGUUCAUGUCAAACACUUGGCCGUGCAUGUUGCAAAUUAUUAACAACGAGUCAAAGUUUUGAUAUUCGUCGAUGGUCAGCCGAUGGCCUAGCUUAUCUAACACUGGAUGCUGAUGUUAAAGAAGAACUUGCAGAUAAUCUAGCAGCAUUAAAAGCUCUUUUUACUUUAUGUCAAUGUCCAGAUGCACAUGUUCUAUAUUCUAUAACGACAAUACUCGUUAAUUUAACCAAUACAUAUGAUAUACACAAGCCGGACAAAGAAAUGUUGGAAUUAGCUACCUAUGCUAAACAACAUAUACCAAAAGAACACCCAAAAGAUGAAAAAGCAUUUUUUAAUGAACGCCGACGAAAAUUAAUCGAAGCUGGAAUCAUUCCCGUUCUAGUACAAUUAUGUAAACAUAAAAGUGAAAAUUGUCGAGAACAAAUAGCUCGAGUAUUUCUUGGUCUUUGUGAAAAUGAAAAAUAUCGCGGAGCGAUCGUGGCUGGUGGCGGAGCUAAAGCAUUACUUCCGCUUGCUCUCGAAGGAACGUCUGUUGGUAUGACAAAAGCAACUCAAGCCUUAGCUAAAAUAACUAUAACAACAAAUCCGGAAAUUGCUUUUCCUGGUCAACGAAUGCUUGAACUUGUUCGACCAAUAAUAAAACUUUUACGAAUCGAACAUACUGCAUUAGAAAAUUUUGAAGCUUUGAUGGCUGUAACAAAUUUAGCCAGUAUUGGUGAAAGUGUUAGAAAACGCAUUUUGAAAGAAGGUGGAUUUUCAAGUAUAGAACAAUAUAUGUUUGAAGAACAUCCAAUGUUACGACGAGCUGCAACGGAAUGUAUGUGUAAUUUAGUGAUUCAAGAAGAAGUUAUGAAAAAUUUUACUGGUGAGAACGAUCGCAUUAAAUUGUUAGUGCUCUAUUGUGGUGGCGACGAUGAAUCGUUAAUAAAAGCAGCUAUGGGAACAUUAGCUGUUCUAUCAUCGUUACAAGCUGAUAUUGAACACAUAAAAGAUUUAAAUUUAGAAGCAGAAGAACGUCAACGUUUGAAUGAUUUAAUUAAAGAAAAUCGAGUUAUUUGUAACAAAAUGCUUGAUGUUAAAGCAUUUUUUGAAAUUUUUAAACAAUUAUGUGCUUGUAACAAUCUUGAUUUACAGUUUCGAGCUCUUUAUAUAGUUCGCAAUAUAGUGAAAGCUGAUAAAGAACUUGCAGUACGUGUUGUAGAAACUGAAUUAAUGGACGUUCUAUUUGCUAUUCAAGAAAUAAAAGAUGAUCGACUAGUCAAUGAAAAGAAUCGUAAAAUUGCUUCCGAUAUUGUUGGAGUAUGUUUGAAAUACGGUCUUAUUCAACGUAAUAAAAGCGAUACAAUCAAAGAAGAAGAUGAAACAGCUACUGCAGAUUAA